AUGGCGGCGCCGAGACGUGGCUUGCCCGCUCCAGCGGCGAAUGAGGAUCAAUCCAUGGACCCGCGUGUAGUCAACAGCGUUGGCCCAGCGCCGGCGACCAGCCAAGGCUCAACUCUCGUGGACUUCAGUCACGGCGACGCUGUCGAUCAGGAGUUUGCUUUUUUGGGCCCGCUCCUCGAAGCUGACAUCAACAGUGACUUUUCCUUCACCGAAUUCCUCGACAGCACCACUGACACCAACGCCUUUGGUUUUGCUGCCACUGGUCACGGUCCUGCUUUCACUGAGUACCCUGAUCCGUCAUUGUCUGAGAUCAACUCUUUCUUCAACAUGGAUAGCGCCAACCAGCCUGUGGGCUCAGGCGUUACCAAUGACUUGGCCUCGCAAGGUUUCGGUUCCCAGUUCGACGAAAGCUUCAACAUGGUGCUCCCAGAUGACCCACCGGUUUUUCCUCCUGGUUUCGAAUCAGCUGCAAAUGUCGCGGCUAGCACUCCAACCACAGGCAAUCCCGACAACCACUUGCCCUUGAAAGGUGUUGGUUCUCAGUUCGACGAAAGCUUCAACAUGGCGCGCCCAAAUGCUCCAACCGCAAACAUCUGGCCUGGCAAGUGCGCACCUGAUUGA